GCAUUUAUGUGCAUCUCAUGGAGCUGAACAUUUUGAGUGGUGAAAGGUCAAGGUCAUCCUUCAAAGUCAAAUAUAUGGCUUCAAAGCGGCGUAGUAGGGGGCAUUGUGUUGCUGACAAACACAUCUCUUGUUUUUAAGUUUAUUGAAGGAAAGCACCACAUACUAGUGUGUUUACAUCCAUUAACAUCCAAUGUCUAAAAUGUCGUGUGAUCCUGCACUCUGCUUACCAUUACACAUAUUGCAUUUUUACUUUCUUUUAAUCGCUUCAAACCAUGUUGAAGGUCUACAGAUUUUUGCAGCGCCUGUAAAAGAAAUGUGUUCGUUUCUGUUCUCAUAUUCGAGGAAGUGAUAAAUCUUAACUACCGUCAGCUACAUUGAAGAUUUCCCAGGUCUGGUACACUUCAUUUACGUAAACCGGAAGACGAAUCACGUGAUCGCUCCCGCCCUGAACAUCACACACGAGGAUAACGCAGGUGUCUUGGACGCGACACAGUUGCUCAAAGAAAAGAUCUGGUCCAUGACGUCAUGGCUGCUUACCAAGCUACACAAUGGCUACACGAUGAUAUCGGCCAGAGAGGGAGACUACCAUUUCUCAUAUUUCAUAUGGUUCGAAAACGUAAACGGUGACCCAGAGGUGGCACAGAGACCGUACAGGGCGGACUGUACUGCCCCACCACCGGAUUACUCACGGGCAACUUCUACAAGUAGGUACUUCAUGCACAAGUGUUUCCCUAACGACGUAUCACGUGCCGUGCACUGUAACGAGCUCUUCAUGAUGCACGUGGGGCUUGUGAACACGCAGUACAUAGCGGGGCAUUGUCGACAGCUGGCGGCAAAGAAUUCCUAAAUAGAGACCGUGAAGAAGACUGUAUUGCAACAGCGUGUAAAGCUACUCGCAGUGAAUAUUAUACCCUGGCAUUAAAGGGACCUUUUCACAGAUUUGUGCAAGCUGUACGAGACUGCCGGAGAUGACGUCAUGACGGCCUCAAGUAUAUUCGGCAGCUAGCUUCACCAUGUUAUCAUGUCAGCGUCCGUUGACAGACCAGUUCUGUAAUUCGACCUGUCUGUAAACCGACGCGAAUAAUAGUUGGCUAAACGUAUAACUUCCGAAACGGGUUUUCUAACGUUGUUUUACCAGCUGUUUAUCAAUAAGAUAUCUAUAAACAACUCACAGUAAUUUUACUUAAUUAAAAAUACUCAUGUUUUGUUUUACAAGUAUGUAUACUUUUCUGUGUCUAUAAAAGCCUAACAUUUUUAUGACAUGCACCUGAAAAUUAAUACUUUGAUAUUUUUUUCUAUUUUUGCGCCAGUUUGGUAAUGAUUCGACAACAAUGUCUCAGCUAAUUUUACAUUAAUAAAUGCGUAUUUUGCGUUAGGCAUAAAACAAUCCAACCCAUAAUGUACAUCGUGGUCUGAGUGUUGUUCAUGGACAUCGUUUUCAUGUAAUCUAGGCAACUGAUCCAGCUGUGUGCUCUAGUCCACGGUUUAUUAGCACCCCGUCGUUCAAGUUGUUUUGAUAAGUAUGCGAUCAUGAUUUUUAUAUCGUGUUGUUGUAAUAUGUUUGUAAAUUUUUUAUAUUCAUGUAUUAUAAGUUAAAAAUAAAAUGUUGUUGACUGUU